AUGGGUCGGCGGCCGGGGGCUUUCUCUGCAAGCCUCUCGCAGGAAGACCGGGAAGUGCAAGCAGAAUUGCUUGCUUUGCGCGGCCACCUUCCGAAGCAGCUGGAGGCCGAUGAGAUAGAGGAUCGUCAGAAGGAUGUCCUCGAUGAAGCCGGCUUUGUCAUGGACGAGAACAAUCCUCUCGUCUACGUGUCGAAGAAUGACGCAUCACGAACAGAUGGAGUUCCGUAUGUCGUGACCUACAAGAAAGUGGCCAUCCGAAAGAUUCCUUCAACGGAGUCGCAUGUUCUGGGCGCACUGGAAGCCGGUGAUAAGCUGACUCUCUUCGAUGCAGAUGUCACAGGGGCCUGGCGGAAGCUUCACUACAAGCUCAAAGGUGGCUAUGGAAGCCUGGUCGAGGCAUGGGUGAUGCUUCGGCAUCAUCAACUUGGAGCUUUAGUUCAGCGAGCCGACGGGAAGAGCGACCGGGUGGAAGCCAAGGCAGUUUCCAUAGAAGCCCCGGUCGCGGCGCCAGCUGUGGAUGCCUCUGCAGAGGAGGAAGUUGACAAGACUGCUCGGGCAGCAGCCUUGGCUGCCGAAUUUGGCGAACGUCUCCUGCUCAUGUCUGCACAGGACGUUCGCCGGUUCAUGCCAACUGGCAACCGCAGAACCUUCGAAGUGGUCUGGAAACCCACGGUGGCCGUGCGCACCAUGCCUCACAAAGAUGCUCUCAUUGUGACCACCGCUGAGCAUGGGCUGCAAAUUGACACCUUCGGGACGGAUGAGACUGGCGAAUGGCGCAAGGUGUAUUGCUCCUGCACAUCAUCCGGCCGCGAGGCAAAUCAUGAUCUGGGCUUGGAAAGCUCCCAUGCCACCUGCGCGAUUGUUGCCAAAACAUUGGCACUCGGGGCCCAGCAAGGUGUGUGUAUGUUCGUUUACAAGGCUCGGAGGGCAGGAGAUAGCGAGCUUGACGCCUUGACUCUGGAGAGGACCUUCGACAUCUUGAUUAAAGGUGAGCAACACGGCAGUUUCCGACACCGUGCCUUCUCUUUGCACGCUUGUCGAUUUGUCUCGCGAUUUUCCUGGGCGGUGGCGAAGCUUGCUUGUGCAGACGCGGCCGUGACUGAUCAGCUGGCCGAGGAACAGGCUGCCCGUGUUGGCGAGUUUCAUGCCGUGAACCUGGCGAACAUCCUCUGGGCGAACGCCAAGCUGCUGAACAAAUCCGAGAAGCUUGUCGACAGCCUGCUCGCAGCUUAG